GCAUAGGUAGGAAAGCACGUAGCUUUAAACAUUGAAUAGAUAUUUAAUAGAAAUUGUUGUGUAUGGUUUAGAAGACGUUAGAAGAAAAGAUUCUUUGUCGAAGUGAACACAUAGAGACCAGGUAACAUUUGCAUAAAUACCAGGAUGACCUUGGUAAGGUGACACGAGUUAUUACGAGCGAAUAGUAAAAAGAAUAUCUGUGCAUUAAUAAUUUGUAUUACGUCACAAGUGAAUAAUCUCGCGUUUUAUGUGAUUCGCUUUUAAGGUUAUGUGUACGUUCUUUUGUUAUGUGUCUACUACGUACUGCUACGAUAGUAUCAAGUUUCGUACAGUGAUCUAACGUUAUUAUUCCUUUACAUAAUAAAAAUAAUAAUAAUAAUAAUAAUACAGUCUAUAAUUAAAAAAAAACACACACACAUUUAAUUGAUCUUGUCCAUGGGAUUUAUCGAUGAUGAAUUGCACGAAGUAUCUAAACUUUGUCACAAUGUCGUCGAUAAUAGUCGCCUCGUUUCUUGUGUGCAGACUAUGGUUCGCGUCGAAAUAACGAAGACAACGUUCAAGAAAAUUGUCGUGUGCAUUCAAUUCCCAGAGAAUUAUCCUUCCGUCCCACUUUUAAUCGAGCUUAAGAGUAAAACUUUGUCGGAGAGAUUACUUGCCAAGUUAACCGAAGUCUGUGAGAAAGAGUGCAAGAAUUUGUUGGGAAAAGCGCAGGUAUUACCGACAUUAAGGUUUAUUCGUAAUUUCAUAGAAGAAAAUCCUCUGAUUUGUUGUUACGAUGAGAUAUCAUCCAUAAAGAAGUUGCUCGAAGAGCAAGACGAGUUUAAAUUGAAGCAGAAGAAUUCUAGCAUUGGAUUGCGAAUUCAACAAGGAUUAUAUUAUUUUAAAGUUAAGAUUGAAGUACCUAAUCAUUAUCCAGAGAAUAGUGUAAAUUUAGUGGACGCAGAAUCAAACUUUCCACCCGUAUUCUGUCGUUAUUUACUGUGCCAAGGUAAAGAAUUAGGUAGAAGAUGCGUGGAACCACCAUUGAAGCCAGAUCCUCGGCAAAAAGUCUUUGUACGUUCUCCCUCUUUAAAUGUCGUUGUUUCCUUCCUCAUAAAAUCAGUGAAAACAUUGCCCAGAGAAAAUUGUCAAUCGUGCAAGAUAACUUGCUUACCGGCCAAUCCAGAAGAAGUAGUGCUAGACGAAAAAGCAGACCUUCAUGUAGAAAGGUUGUAUUGCAGUCACUUGUUUCACUUACAAUGUCUUCUAAAAUUUAUGAAGACACCGCCAUUCCAUGGGGGUAAAAAAUGUCCAACUUGUGCACAGCGCAUUUAUCAUGACAAAUGGGGCGUCAGCGAAAAACUCGCAGAAGAUCGUUGGGCACACGAGCAGGCGCGUGCUAGGGAAUUGGCAGAGGUAGCUGACUUUUUGAAAUAAAUCCUUUGCUGAAGUGCACAAAUAUAAUGGUUUAUCUAUCCAUGGUAUAGUUAGAUAAACAUUAAUGAAAGAAACAGUCAAAUACCAGGGUGCAUCUACUAAUGGUUGUUGUGGUUUAAUGAAAUUUUACCACUAAUCUGUUUUGACUUGACCGACCAACCAAUUCAUUCAUAUUUAGUAUCUAAGAGUCCAUUAAAUAUAAGCUAUUACAGGAAGGUUUAUUAUUAGUCCUGUCAACGAUUUCUUUUUUCUUUUUUUUGUAUUGCAGUUUGACUAAUUCGAAUGAAUUAAUAUUUUGAUUAUUAUUAUUUGAUUGCUUAUAGACACACAUACACAAAUGUAUAUAUCCUAAAUAAUGUGUUUUACUAUAAACUAAGAUUUUGAUAUAUUUUUAAAUGUCAAUUAUCGAUAUUCUAACUGAAAUGUUAUUUUGAAAAAAAAUGUAGAUUUUUAUGUUACCAUGUCGCA